AUGUGGGUGUAUACGAAUCUAGUGUCAUUAAUAAUCAUCUUCACUGGCGCCUGCUGUAUUGAGGACCAGUCGUUCUACGAUCUGGUUAAGGACCUUGCAAAGUGGCAAACUUCACACCCAGAAAGUAAUACUACAACAGACUUUAUGACAAAUGCACGACAAGAGUCAAAAUAUACCUUCCAGUCCACUACAAAUGCAACAGGGGACGUCAACAAUACAAUUUUCACCAUCCAGGGAAAGGAUAAAGUGCCCAAAUGGUCAUUCAGUACCGGAAUUUUUGCAAACAAGGCACAGGAAAUGGGGUAUCAGGAUUGCCGUGAGAUUGCAAAGUACAAGAAAAGACCUAUUACCAUUAUUGAAACUGAGCCAGAAGUCGUCGAGGAAAAACCAGUGAAAAAGCCAAAGCCAAAAAAGUCAAAGUCCAAACCCAAGGGUCCACCACCACAGUGGCUAUUGGACUCUUCUUCAAGUGAAGAAGAAGAAAGUGAUGCAGGGAAAGAAGAAGACAUUCAAUUUUCAGAGUCCGAGUCUGACGAAGAUAGUGAUUCAUCUGAGAAUGAGGGAAAGCUUUGGUUUCUAGGCCUCAGUGUCCCUGAUGCGGCUAAUGGAGGUAGGCCUCAUUUGGUUCGUGAGGAUAUUUUAGUAACGAAAGUGGGCAAAAACUACCCAGGUUUAUAUUUUGAUCGCCACGAUUUACUUCAUGAGGACAAAUUCCGUCCAUACAGAAAUUUUACGAGCAAUUCAAAAAGAGACUACACUGAAGAUAACUAUGUUAUUGAAGCGGAAAGUUUCCAAAAAGAACUGGAUAAAUUUGAGAAUAAAUUUAGGGCUUGGAUGGUGGGGUCCAAUGUGAGUUUAAGUGAUACAAUUCCAUUGAAAACCCAGGUUGCUGACAUCAGUGAAAGCACUUCUACAAGUGUCAUGUUUGAUCAGUUGUUACCAGUUCAUGUUUUUGCUGAGUCCAAAGCUUCUCGAUUAUGGUGUAUAUUCAAUUUAUAUUGUUUCUAA